AUGACUACCAACCGGCCAUUCCUGGCCAACUUCCUGGCCGCCUUCCGUGCCCAGUCCACCUUCAAAGCCGCCUCGCAGCCAUCCACAGCCUCACCCUCCCUCUCCUCCACGCAAAUGUCCACAAAUGCCCGCACAAUAGCCUCCAAAGCCGGGCAGCAGCAGUCCCCAUCCUCAUCACAAUCUGCCUCCCACAACCACCAUCACACCCAUCACACAUCCUCCUCCUCCUCAGCAACAUCACCCUCCACGGCAACACAGCCCGGUCACGGACCACAACCACAACCACAACCACAAGCCCAACCCCAAUACCACUCCCACCACUACCACACAGAUGCCGCCUCUCCGUCGCCAACACCCUCUUCUUCCACACCCAUCCCCAUAUCCCGCGGCCCAGACCGCCAGCGCCGCGGCAGCGACUCGUCCUCCGGCUCGGGCGGGUUCCGCGAUACGCUCGGCCCGGAGAAGUGGUAUAUUGGGGGCCGGACGCCGGCCGGCGAAGAGCGGUUCUAUCGGUUGGGGAUGGUGACGAAGGGGGGUGGGAGGCUUGGGGGUGGAGGGCGAGUGGGGAGUAUUGAUCAGUUGAGUCUGUGA